CUCUCUCUCUCUCUCUCUCUAAAAAUAAUUGUGAUUUAAGGAUGCUCCUGAGGAGUUCAUCGACUCCGAUCUUGAAUUCAUGGAUAGCCAACUCGGCAGGAUCAUCACCGGAGUCUGAUUUGGUUCCUCGGCAUUAUAGGACAAGAUCGCUGUCUUUGACGGCGGCGUUUGGUUCUGAUGAUCACCAACUGAAGAGUCCGGCAACACGAUCUUUGUCCGAGUUGGAGCUCCGAGAUGCACCAGUGCCGAAGAAGAACAACAGUACAAGUACCAAACCACCCACUACUCCGAAGCCAGCUAAGGUCAAAGAGAACGGAGAACAAGGGGUGGGUCGGCCACGUUUGUCGAGGGCGGUAGAGAGGUUGUUGUCGAGCUCUGGGUUGGGUGAGGCUGAUGAGGAGGGGUGUGUGACGGUGGUGGAGAAGGAGAGGGAUAGGGUGUUGUCGACGCUGGUUGUGGGUGGUGGGAAUGGUGGCGGUGGUGGAAAAGGAUCGGAUGGUGGAGAUGGGUCUGGUUCUGGGUCCUAUGAUUCUAACGGUUGGCAUGGUCAUGAUAGUACGGACGCUUAUUAUCAGACGAUGAUCGAGGCAAACCCAGGAAAUUCUCUCUUACUCUCAAACUAUGCCAAGUUCUUGAAAGAGGUUAGGGGAGAUUUUGCUAAAGCAGAGGACUACUGUGGGAGAGCAAUAUUGGCUAACCCGAGUGAUGGCAAUGUGCUGUCACUCUAUGCUGAGCUGAUAUGGCAGACACAGAAAGAUGCUAGUCGUGCUGAGAGUUAUUUCCAUCAAGCUGUUAAAGCUGACCCUGACGAUUGUCAUGUUCUAGCAUCAUAUGCUCGAUUUCUCUGGGAUGCCGAAGAGGAAGAGGAAGAGGAAGAGGAAGUGGAAGAAAGAGACCAAUAUGGCAUUGACCGCAGGAACCCAUCACCAAAAUUCUUUGAAGGAGCUUCUAAUUGGCCUCCUCUGGCUGCAGCUUCUUAAUCUAAUAACCUUUAUGUGGUCCUCUGUUGUAAUCCUACCAUCGAAGUUGGGGAAAACUAAAAUGUUAAUGUAGAGUUAACUUUUCCUUUUGUUUUUUUUUCCUUCUGUAAAAUAUAAGAGAAAUAAAUUUCUGACAUUAUCCUUCCACAGAUACAGAUUGAAGAAAUUUUCUUUUUUUUUUAAAUUAA